AUGGAGAGCCAUCCUCCCUCAUCACAAGCAUGGUAUGUCAACUCUUUCUUUUAUUCUGGUUCUGGAUUCAGUUGUUUUCUUCUCUUUGUGUCCAGAGGAUCAUUCACGUCUCUCCCUCAGGGGUUUGAUCUUUUUUCCCCUUUACUUUGA